ACAGUUCUUAUUAGGCAGAUGUAGGUAUGAUAACCUUAUUUUUAAGUUACCUACUAAAAACAUCGAACGUGUAAUAAUUAAGUGCUAUACGAGCAAUGUUUCGAGUAUAUCAUAAAUUUAAUGUGACACUAUGUGCUACUACAGUCAGGAAAAACAAUACACGGUUUAAAAGUUUUCUAAAAAUGAAAGAAACAAUCAAGAGUUGGUUAAAUAUGGAUUCUGGCAAGUUACCAUACGAACAUGUGUGUCAAAUUGGUGAUCCUGUUUUGCGCGGUCACACUAUGAUGAUAGACCCAGAAACCAUAAAAUUGCAAGACUUUCAAAAGAUCAAAAUGCAACCUGUAGCUUUGACACCAUAUAAAAAAUUGAUAAAUAUUAUGUUUAACGGGGCAACAAGAUACGACUGUGAUCUUCACAUAUGUUGUCAAAGCCACCACUCUGAAUAACACUCAAAAGGUUUUAGCCGUCGCUCAUUGUUUAUUAAAAGUUAUUAACAAAAAAUUAUACAUUAU